CUCCACUGUUCUAAAGAAAGAAGAAAAAACUUAAUUUCCAAGAAAGUUUUCAAGAUACGAUACACAAAAAAUGGCAUCUUCAAGUGUUGUUAUCACUGUCUUAAUCUUCUUGGCUCCAAUCUUUCUCCAACUAUGUCUCUCUCAAGGUCCGAGUCCUCCAGCUUCUUGUGCUUCCUUGUUACUAGCCUUGGCUCCAUGUGGUCCUUUCGUGCAGGGUUUUGUCCAGCUCCCAGCUCAACCAUGCUGCAACAGCCUGAACCAGAUCUACAACCAACAACCAACCUGUCUCUGUCUCUUUCUCAACAACAAUUCUACAUUAUCCUCUGCUUUUCCGAUCAAUCAAACACUAGCUCUCCAAUUGCCUCAGCUUUGUAGCAUUCCAGCCAAUUCAUCUGUUUGCUCCUCAGGGGCUUCCUCUGUUUCUCCACCAUCUACCAACUCAACCAGCUCUCAAAUCUCUCUGGGUGCAAAGAACAAUUCGGGUGUGGCAGCGAUCCCAGUGGCUCAAGUGGCACCAAAACCAACCAGCAUGAUGGGAUUGGGUUAUCGUCUGAAAUCCACUGGUUCGAAGUCUAAGAUUCAGCUGACUACCUUUCUGAUGGCAGUGAUUCUAACCGGAACACCCUUCCUGUUCUAACUCCAUAGUCCAUAGGCGUAUUUACUUUAACCUCCGUCUAGUUAACAUCCUCCUCGUUCUUGCUUUUCUCUUUGAACUCAGAAGAACUACACUUUCCAUAGAUUUAUGAAUGAAGUUGUGAUAAUGUUUCUUGAAACCAAAACAGAACAAUGUAACAAAAUUCUAUUUCAAUU